UUGCACAAUUUGAUCCAUCAUGGAAUGAAGAUUGUAUUGAUUAUCAUUAUUUAUGUGUUUUAAUGUUAAGUUUUCAAGCUGUGCAGGAAAUGAUUCUUCUUCCCAGGUAGAAAUUUACAGCAUUUGCUUUUAUUUGUUAAUAGCUAGUCUUUUGCUUUUUUUACAUGAUGAUGGUGCAAGAUAAUUUUCAAAUAUAAUUAAGUUAGCUGAAUGAAUAAAGUGAUUUUUUUGUAUUUUUUCUCUAGCUAUAUAGGAUGUCAUGAACCUGAUUAAUGCCUUUUCCAUUUUCUAAAAGUUACAGAUAGGCUUUGUUUUUUCUUUGCAACUUGAAGACCAGCUGUGACUGUGUUUUUGUUUCUGAAAUUAAUGUCUUUUUGAUGCAGAUUAACACUAAACUUAUUUAUUAGCACCUCUCACACGCUUCUUCUUGGUGCAGGAAUUUUUGAAAUGAUUAAUUAUCUAAUUAUGUGAUAAAUUGAAUUAAGAUUGGAAUUAAUUCUACCUUUCCUUUGAUUUUAUGUCACCCAUUUGAUUUUAUGUCACUGAACUUGGUUAUAAAAGCAUAUUUGUUGUUAUACUCUAUAUAACCAUCAGUUUUUCAGCAUUGGGUAUAUAACACUCAAAUCCAACUUGCUGUAAAUAUUCUCUAUAUAACAAUCAGUUUUUCACCUUUAAUUGCGGAAUUGCAGACACUUCUCUGUGUAAUAUGUCUAUGUACUGUAGAUGAUGUGUACAAUGCUGACCCACUUCAUGAGAUCUUAUAUGGAUUCUAAGGUUUACAAUGGUUCAUUUACCAAGUGUCUUCUGUAUAGACUGCAGUUGGUGGCAGGAUUCCAGAGUUAUAAUACAAGUAGAGAAUUACUGUCACAAUGGAUGCUGCCGAAUUCCGUCAACGAGGGAAAGAAAUGGUGGACACUGUGGCGGAUUACUUGGAAAACAUACAAAAACGGCCAGUGUUUCCAUCCGUGCAGCCUGGGUAUAUUCGUGAACUAGUUCCGGAAUCUGCCCCAGAAACUGCAGAGUCAUGGGAGGAUUUGUUUGGAGACAUUGAGCGGGUAGUUAUGCCUGGGGUAACACACUGGCACCACCCCCAGUUCCAUGCAUAUUUCCCAACUGCCAACUCUUAUGCUGCCUUGUGUGCUGAUAUGCUGUCAGAUGCAAUAGGUUGUAUAGGGUUUAGCUGGGCAUCAAGUCCUGCCUGCACAGAGCUGGAGAUGGUGAUGAUGGACUGGCUGGGGAAGAUGUUGGACUUGCCUCAGGAGUUCCUCUUCUGUUCUGGAGGGAAAGGGGGUGGGGUCAUCCAGGGUACUGCUAGUGAAGCCACUCUGGUUGCCCUGUUAGCUGCCAGGAAUCAAACCAUCCACAGAGAGAAGGAAGCCAACCCAGCACUGACAGAGGCAGACAUCAUGGCCAGAAUGGUGGGCUACUGCUCUGAUCAGGCCCAUUCUUCAGUGGAGCGUGCUGGUUUGUUGGGUGCAGUAAAAAUAGUCAAACUUUCCUCUGACAGGAAGCAGUCAUUACGAGGAGAGACAUUAGCCCAGGCUGUACAAAAAGAUAAGGAAAAGGGCUUGAUACCUUUCUUUGUGUGUGGCACUUUGGGGACCACACCCUCUUGUGCCUUUGACAGCAUCGAGGAGCUGGGGGCAGUGUGUAACUUAGAGAAGAUUUGGCUCCACAUUGAUGCUGCGUAUGCUGGCAGUGCCUUCAUUUGUCCUGAAUUUCGAUACCUUCUCAGUGGAGUGCAGUUUGCAGAUUCAUUUAACUUCAAUCCUCACAAAUGGCUGCGGGUGACCUUUGACUGCUCAGCAAUGUG